UUCCCGUUCAAUACUCAUCUCAAAACACACAGCCUUUUCUUUCACUCGCACUCAAAUUCCCUCAACUCCACGGCCACCCGAGGAGUUUGAGAAAACCCUAAAAAGCCUCCUCAAAAAUCUCUCAACUUUUUCUCUAAAUCUUUCCACCAAUCUGCAAAUCAGUCAUGGCAGGAGCAGCACCAGAAGGUUCCCAGUUUAAUGCUCAGCAAUUUGAUUCCAAAAUGAAUGAAUUGCUUUCAACCGAUGGACAAGACUUUUUCACCUCAUACGAUGAAGUUUAUGAUAGUUUUGAUGCCAUGGGUUUGCAAGAAAACCUCUUGAGAGGCAUCUAUGCAUAUGGUUUUGAAAAACCAUCUGCAAUUCAACAAAGGGGAAUAGUCCCAUUCUGCAAGGGUCUUGAUGUGAUCCAACAAGCUCAAUCAGGAACAGGAAAGACUGCAACUUUUUGCUCUGGAAUCCUUCAACAGCUUGACUACAAUGUAGUCGAGUGUCAAGCUUUGGUUCUUGCACCCACUCGUGAACUUGCUCAACAAAUUGAAAAAGUCAUGCGGGCCCUAGGGGACUACCUUGGAGUCAAAGUCCACGCGUGCGUGGGUGGGACCAGUGUCCGUGAGGAUCAAAGGAUCCUCUCUGCUGGGGUCCACGUGGUUGUUGGUACACCUGGACGUGUCUUUGACAUGCUCAGGAGGCAGUCACUACGUGCCGAUUACAUCAAGAUGUUUGUCUUGGAUGAAGCUGAUGAAAUGCUCUCAAGAGGUUUCAAAGAUCAGAUUUAUGAUAUCUUCCAGUUGUUGCCAUCGAAAGUCCAAGUGGGUGUGUUCUCCGCUACAAUGCCACCAGAAGCUUUAGAAAUCACCCGGAAAUUCAUGAACAAACCCGUGAGAAUUCUCGUGAAAAGAGACGAACUUACCCUCGAAGGUAUCAAACAGUUUUACGUGAACGUUGAAAAGGAAGAAUGGAAACUCGAAACACUCUGUGACCUUUACGAAACCCUAGCAAUCACCCAGAGUGUCAUUUUCGUAAAUACGCGUCGAAAGGUUGACUGGUUGACCGACAAAAUGCGUUCCCGGGACCACACUGUGUCCGCCACCCACGGUGACAUGGACCAAAACACGCGUGACAUCAUCAUGCGGGAGUUUCGAUCGGGAUCUUCACGUGUGUUGAUCACUACAGAUCUUUUGGCACGUGGGAUUGAUGUGCAACAGGUGUCACUUGUUAUCAAUUAUGAUCUUCCAACACAGCCUGAGAAUUAUCUUCAUAGGAUUGGGCGAAGUGGGAGGUUUGGGAGAAAGGGUGUGGCCAUUAAUUUUGUCACUUUGGAUGAUGAACGGAUGCUUGCGGAUAUUCAGAAGUUUUAUAAUGUUGUGGUGGAGGAGUUGCCUUCCAAUGUUGCGGAUCUCAUAUAAGAUUGUGAAGUAAGAAAGAAAAAGGUUUAGAGGUUGUUUUUGGGAUUUACUAAUACUAUUUACUAUUAUUAUUAUUAUUAUUGUUAUUGUUAUCGGUUUUGUUUGUUUUAAGUUAUGUUUAUGAUGAUGGUGGAAGACUUUUUGUGUUAUAAGAUAUUAUGCGAAUUGGCAAUGUGUUUCUUCUUGUUGUGUUGCCAAUUUUUGCGACUUGUGUUUGUACUUUUGAAAGUUUCCUUUUUACCCGUGAAUGUGUAUGGAUUUGUUUGUUUA